AGUAUCGCAGUUUUAAAGCUUUGUAAAAGAGGUGCACUGGGCAGUGUUUUCAUUAGACAAGAGACGAGAGACGAAACUUUAUCCUUCCAAACAAUGCAGGCAAAAUCUGAGAUUUUAGCACUGGUCCUGGGCGCCCUGGGCUUAUGUGGGACAAUAGUCACCACUUGUCUGCCCCAUUGGAGGGUUUCUGCCUUCAUCGGUGCCAACAUCAUCGUCAUGGAGGAGCUCUUAGAGGGCUUGUGGAUGAACUGCUACCGACAGGCUAACAUCAACAUCCAGUGCAAGGUGUAUGACUCGCUGUUAAUUCUCCCACCAGAGCUGCAGGCAGCGAGGGGGCUCAUGUGUGUCUCCAUAGUCCUGGCUUUCAUCUCGUUGUUGCUCACAGGAUUCGGGAUCCAGAAGAGCAGCUGUUGUGGUGACAAUUUAAAGAGUAAGAAUAUCACCUAUGCAUUAGGAGGGAUUCUGUUUCUACUUUCCUUUUUGACCACACUCAUCCCCGUAAGCUGGGUGGCCCAUACUGUCAUCAGUAACUUCUAUAACCCGACAACGCUGGAUGCUCAGAAGCGGGAGCUGGGAUUGUCCCUCUUCAUUGGCUGGGCCACUUCUGGUGUUUUGCUAAUCACCGGGAUCAUUGUGCUGGUUAGGUACAGCAAACGCAGUGCAAAGGAAGAUCAGCGCUACAUUGAAGCAUAUCAUAUGGUGAAAAGGAAUGAACAGAAGGCGGACAGUGUUGACUUUUCAAGAGCGAAAUCUAGUUUUCAUACAAAUCAGGAAUAUGUGUAAAUAACUGUACUGCAGUGUACUAAUUGCAUAUUAGAUGUCUCUCCGUAUAUUUAUGAGCAACAUGUGUUUUAUUUGCAAUGAUAUAUUUAAAUCAAUAUGUAACCAUGUUCUAUUGUACUAUGCAUUUGUCUUGUCUGCACUGUUUGGUUUACAGAUGCAGCAAAAAUAUUCGGUUAAUAUGCUGUACACGAAUAAACAACAUUGCCUGUGUUUAAAGUAAUAUAAUUUUUGGCAAAUCUAUAUUAUCACUGAUCAACAAUACACUGCUUGCAGUGGCUAUCACCGAUCAACUUCAAUCUUAAUGCAGCUCUUACUCCAAUGACCCUGAGAAUGUCAUCACUGUUUUUAAGUACUUUUUUGGCUGCAAGUCUGUAUUUAUUUAAGUCAUUUUUGUUGUGCUUAAUGAUGAAUUUCUCAUCUGAGACAUGACAAAUGCAACUGCUUCCCUGUCUUAUUUCAUUAUAUUUCAUGAUCUAAUAAUCCCGCCAACCAAGUGAACAGAUAAUUUAUUAAAAUCUUUAAUUCAG